ACACACACACACGGCUCGUUUAAUCUGGAAACGGUUAUGUUCAGUGUUAUAGAGAGUUAGAUUUGAGAUCAUGAUGAUGCUGAAAGUUUAAAAGCAGUGAGGACACACACACACACACACACUCUCUGGUUGUGUAUUGAUUCGCUUUUCGUGCUCGGUGUUUUCUUUCCCCCCCGAUGGAGGACUCGGUUGUGGGCGGGCUGGGCCGCUGCUCGUGCGCCUUCUGGCUGGCCGUGGCGUUCGACGUGUGCGGCCUGCUCGUGCUCCUCGCGGGGGUUUUCGCCGACAUCUUCUUCUACGACUUUCUGAUCUACGCGGGCGCCAUCGUCAUCUUCCUCAGCCUGAUCUGGUGGGUGUUCUGGUACACGGGGAACAUCGAGGUUCCCCCGGAGGAGCUGGAGGACGACGUGGGCCUGCUGAAGAAGAAGGACCGAGGUCUGAGCGGGGUCCUCAGGAGGUUCUCGAGCCGCCUCAGGAGCUCCGUGAGGAGGGACGGGGGAGCCGCCGGGGCCGGUCGGGCGUCACGGAGCCAACAUGGCGGCCGGGGGACCGUGGCGGUGAGCCUGCCCAUGACCGGACCACCACCACCUCCAGCACCUCCUCCUCCUCAUCACCAACACCUGAGCACAGUGUCAGCCUCGGUGGACACAGAAACCGCACCCAUAUGAGCCCAGCGACCACAAGAGAAGAUAUUUCACCAUGAGGCUGAAGUUGAGGCUCAUCUCCUGUACCUUUACCGCUUCGUAGGGUUUUGUUGUUGUUGUUGUUAAUUUGUUUACAGAUGAUUUGUAUUACUGAUCAGUAAUUACGACUUUAUAAUUGUGAUAUCAAGAUGUUUUCUUUUAAUUCCUCACUGUCACCGCCCGUUCCACACUGCUAUUCAGGGACGCUUCGUCUUUCUCGGGCAUUAUCUAAUGUGAAUCAUGACU